AUGUUUUUACUUUUCACAUAUCAAUAUCAAUUAUUCUUCCCGAAAAUCAAAGAGCUUCAAAAUGGCAUCGGCGCUUCUGGAGAAACUUCAUAUAAAGAAAAUAUAAAAUUACCAGUUGGGCCAAAUUCUUCAUCAAUAACAAUUACUUAUACAAAAUCACAGAAUAAACAAUGGUUUUGGGUGGAUGAAUGGCAAAUAGAUAUGUCACGUCCUUACAUGGAUUCAGAAGGAUGGCAAUAUGCUAGGAAUUUUACCAAACUAGAUGUAAAUUAA